ACUUUUUAAGUCCAGACCAGACCAUCACAAGAAACCUUCAGAAUUCUUGGCAAGAGAUUCUUUAUAUUGAAUAGAUGAUGUCAGGAGCAACAGUCAUGCAAGCAGCGAUCCUGGCUAGUCCAGUUCUACGUCCUAAUCGGGCCAGAGUUACCCAAUUCCUCCCUGCUCCGUACACUCCAAGACUGCGCAGAAUGGCCACCGCUACUCCAGUGAGAUGCAUGGCAGAGGAGAAGGAAAAUCAAGAAAUGAAGCCGACUGAACCUGUCAGCGCAACCCCUAAACCUCAACCUGCUCCUAAACCAAAGGUCAGCACCAAGUGGUCGGAUUUAUUAGCAUUCAGUGGACCAGCUCCGGAGAGGAUCAACGGCAGGUUGGCCAUGAUUGGCUUUGUUGCAGCAAUGGCAGUGGAGCUGGCUAAGGGACAAGACUUGUUUACACAGGUGUCCAGUGGUGGAAUCACUUGGUUCGUAGGAACAAGUGUUGUGCUCUCUCUCGCAUCAUUGAUCCCAUUGUUUAAAGGGGUUAAUGUAGAGUCUAAAUCAAAAGGGUUGAUGACAUCUGAUGCUGAGUUGUGGAAUGGUAGAUUUGCCAUGCUGGGGUUGGUUGCAUUAGCCUUUACUGAGUAUGUGAUAGGUGGAGCACUUGUGUAGGUUCUACUCUACGCUAGCUCAUACUUCAAAUCCGAUGCUGAGUCCUUGUGUUCAUGUAAUCUUGAAAUCUAGGCCCUAGCUAUUAGCUGUUGGAAACAUAUUAUUGUAUUUGGUUUGUAGGCUAAAUAUUUAUACAAGAAAUACAGCAAAUUGAUUAAAAAACUUUUUUUUA